CGCGCGACGUGUCGGCUGUGUUUACCUUCGCCGCGGGAACACGGUAGCGCGCCAGCCCGCCACCAACAUCCCACUAUGGUGUCCGUAGGCGCGUGGAGGCGUCGGUCUCCCGAUGAAUGUGACGACCGCACCGAGCCCGGGGCCUCCAGCUCAGGAGCGCCGCGUGCGCCGCCCAACUGCGCCCGUUGUCGCAACCACCGGUUGAAGGUCGAGCUGAAGGGCCACAAGCGCUACUGCAAGUACCGGUACUGCACCUGCGAGAAGUGCCGUCUCACCGCAGACCGCCAGCGCGUAAUGGCUAUGCAGACGGCGCUGAGGCGUGCCCAGGCGCAAGACGAGGCACGCGCGCGAGCCGCCGAGCACGGGCCAGCCACCGCCGGCAUAGAGCUGGAACGGGGCGAGCCGCCUAUGGUGAAGGCACUGCGAAGCCCCGUUGUACUGGCGCCUCCGGCUCCGCGCUCUCUGGCAUCCUCCAGCUGUGAGUCGGUGCCCGGCUCGCCUGGUGUGUCCCCCUUCGCGCCGCCGCCGCCCUCAGUGCCGCCGCCGCCGAUCAUGCCGCCUCUGCUGCCUCCACAACAGCCCGGUUAG